AUGAGAGCGCAAAGUACACGGCAGGUUGAGAAGAAGAACCACUUCUCGAACACUCCGCCUAACACGAGCACUACUCCUCCGUCUCGCGCCGCCGUCGACUGCGACUGCGACGCCGCGGGCUUGAACCUCGCGCGGGGACAGGCGCCGGGUGGCGCGUUCCAUCGCAACGGCUUGGGGAGGCCUCCGUCCAGCGGUGGAUUGAACACGGCCGAUGGCUGCCCAGGCGACCGUGGCAGUCACCGAGCUCCGGGUGCCGACCACGGAGCCGCGAGCACAGCUAUCGCCGUGGAGGAAUGGGCACGUCCCCGAGAGAAGAUGAAGAGAACAACGCAGCCUGUGGAGAAGAUCCCCCUUAGCUCCCCUCUCAUGCUCGACGUCAACCAAAUCUCCGACCGGGUCCGAGGCCACCAGCAGACGCAAGUCUCGUCUCACCCCUCGGGAGAGGCGGCGUCUCUUAGCCGCGGCGGUGAUGGCAGCGACGAGCUGGUGUCCAUCAACGUGGGCGGCGCGCGCCACUCGCUGCCGUGCGCGGUGCUCGACUCCUACCCGCGCUCGCGACUCGGUCGCCUCGCCAAGCUGUGGCGGUGGCGGCGGCGCCGUGGAGGAGGAGGAGGAGGCGGGGGGCAGCGAGACGCGGGGCCCGGGGGCGGCGGCCACCCGCACCCCCUGCAGCUUUGCGACGACGUGGGAGCGUCGAGCGAGUUCUUCUUCGACCGCAGCGCGGAGGCGUUCGAGUGCGUGCUGCACUUCUACCGCACGGGCCGCCUGCACCUGCGCGAGUCUCUGUGCGCCGUCUCGUUCGGCCAGGAGCUCGAGUACUGGGGACUCGAGGACGCGCUGCUGGCCUCCUGCUGCCAGGACCGCUACGCGCGCCGCAACGCCGCCGCCGCCGAUGACCGCGGCGGCGAGGACGGCGCGCGACGAGACGCGGACCGGGACUCGGACUCGGACGGCGAGGGCGGCGGCUCCGAGCGGGGCCGGUGCCGCCGUCUGCGCCGCGCCAUCUGGGCCACGCUGGAGCGGCCCGACUCGUCGCGCGCGUCGCGGGCCGUGGCGGCCGUGUCGGUCGCCUUCGUGGUGCUGUCCAUCGCCAACAUGGCCCUGGUGAGCGCGCCCGAGUUCGCGCCGGCGGCCGGCGACGACGAGGCGACGGCGCUGGGGGUCCUGGAGGGCGUGUGCAUGGCGUGGUUCACGGGCGAGCUGGCGCUGCGCUUCGCGUGCGCGCGGCGCAAGCGGCGCUUCGCUGCGCGCUUCGUCAACAUCGUGGACCUGGUGGCCAUCGCGCCCUUCUACGUCACCCUGGCGGUGGAGCGGCUGGCGGGGGCCUCCACGGAGCUCGAGAACGUGGGCCGCGUCGUGCAGGUGCUCAAGCUGUCGAGGUCGCUGCGCAUGCUCAAGCUGGGCCGUCACUCCACAGGCCUCAAGGCGCUGGGCGUCACCAUCAAGCAGUGCCACGAGGAGGUGGGGCUGCUGCUGCUCUUCUUCUCCGUGGGCGUCUCCAUCUUCUCGGUGCUCGAGUACGCGCUGGAGAGCUCCUCCCCGGGCACGGGCUUCACGAGCGUGCCGAGCGCGUGGUGGUGGGCCACCACCUCCAUGACCACGGUGGGCUACGGGGACGUGCGGCCCGACACGACCGCCGGCAAGCUGGCAGCCUUCGCGUGCAUCCUGUCGGGGCUGCUGGUGCUCGCCCUGCCCAUCGCCAUCAUCAACGACAAGUUCGCCGCCUUCUACCGCGCGCUGCGGCUGCGCGACGCGGCCGAGCGCCACGGGCGCGCGCUCCGCGGCCUCGCGCGGGCCCAGGAGGACGGGGACACGGACGGGGACGCGGACGGGGACGCGGGGCCGCGGGCGAACCUGCGCGACGUUUACGCGCGCCACGUCCUCGGGGCCCUGCGCGGGCGAGGUGACCGCCACUCCGUGGAGAGGCUUUGA